AUGAGACUUGGAAAUUUUCUACCUGCGUCUUCCGACCGUUCACAGGAUGACUCUUGGCUUAAGCGCACCUCCCACAGCGCUUUUGCGGCGCUGGUCAUACUCGGCGUCACGACAGGUGUUGCCGCGGCGCCAACCAGCACCUCCGUGAGUCUUUCUGAUGACCUAUCCAGUAAAUUGACCAUGUCUAUGGUUUCACCCAGCGCGCCUCCGCAGAGCGAGGUGAAGCGUUUGGUGGCCCCGGGGGCGCAAGUGAUGCCCCAACUCAUCCGGGGCACAAAUGUCAAUGCGCCCGGCCAUGCUGAGAGACCUGGCUUCCAUUUUAAAGGCCUUACACCCGAACAGCGACAAACCUCGUUUUCUGCGCAGCCACUGAAGUUUACGCCUAACGGCCCUUGCCCUUACGGCUACCGUCCAGUCUUCGACAGGGUGAUCGGGCACCAUAGUCCUAUCGCAACGACCUACACGGUCAACGAGGUGAAGCAAGUCUUUGUUGCGUACAAUUUCCCCCAGGGAAAACCCCCCAUGCUCUCCUUACAACUGUAUAACGGCAAGCAAUGGGAGACUGUGCGGAUUAACGACCAUUUACUCACGGCCGCUAGCCCGUGUAGAGGUACUAAGCCUCCUUCUUUGAUGAGUUUUCAGAUGACAUCCUCGAGAAACGCGGUUGUGGCUUUAUUCGAAAAGGGAUUUGCUAAAUUUGUGGACGCGCACCCCAAGCUGCGUUGGCGGGACACUAAAGAUGAGGGGUACGCCGGCCUACAAAACAUCGAGGCGGGAAAAGUUAUGUCCGCUAUCACCGGUCGUCAGUACAUGUACGUUAAAUCGGGCAAAGGUGGAGGUAUCCAUGCUAUUCUAGCAGCCGCCAACUGGGUGGUGCGCUGCAUGAACACGGAUGUACCGUGCACUUUCAGCAUUGUCAACAGUGCUACGGCGACGGCGCGCGUGGGCAACCGGAUUAGCGACGUGCGCAGCAAUGCCAAAACCGGUCGCAGUAAUGCCAAAACUGGGUACUAUUCAUUCUUUGAUAAGUACAUAGAGCAGCGUAUUACGCUGAUACCAAAUCACGCUGUGUUCUUGGUGUCUGCGCCUGCCGCUAGGGGUUCCUACUUCACAGAGGCAGCAAACGGCCUGCUCCACAGACAAGGUUACCGUGUUGAAUUGGACCAUGAAAUCAUGGGUUCGCUGGUUAACUGGUUAGUAUUUUGGUAUUGUGGCAAGAAGGAAAAAGUUCUGUCAUUUAUUUGA